GGGAGCAGGAGAAGGGAGGGGGAGCAGGAGAAGGAGCAGGAGGGAUGGGGUCAGUCAGCAGCAAUACGGUUACGGCAGCAGGGGGCCAGCGGAGGCGUCUCUACAGCGCCGUCCCAGGACGUGUGUUUGUGGCCACGCGUUCCCACUCCGCCCAGGGAGACAGAGAGAUUAGCAUCAGCAAGGGAGACAAAGUCAAAGUGCUAAGUGUGGGCGAGGGAGGGUUCUGGGAGGGCACAGUUAAGGGACGGACCGGCUGGUUCCCCUCAGACUGUGUAGAGGAAGUGGCAGUCCGUAGCCAGGACAACCGCUCAGAGAGCCGCAGUGAGAAAGCCAAGAGACUGUUCCGCCAUUACACCGUGGGCUCCUAUGACAGCUUCGACGCUCCCAGUGACUAUAUCAUCAAGGAGAAGACAGUGCUUCUGCAGAAAAAAGACAGUGAGGGUUUUGGCUUUGUGCUGAGAGGAGCCAAGGCUCAGACCCCCAUCGAGGAGUUCACUCCCACCCCAGCCUUCCCAGCACUGCAGUACCUGGAGUCUGUCGAUGAAGGAGGCGUGGCCUGGAGAGCCGGUCUGAGAAUGGGAGACUUCCUCAUUGAGGUGAAUGGUCAGAAUGUGGUGAAGGUGGGACACAGGCAGGUGGUCAACAUGAUCAGGCAAGGUGGAAACGCCCUCAUGGUCAAGGUUGUCAUGGUGACACGCAACCCUGACAUGGAGGAUGGCCAGAGAAAGAAAAUCCCCCAGCAGAGUAAAAGACUAAGCACUCCGGCCAUCGCUCUCCGCUCCAAAUCCAUGACCUCAGAACUGGAGGAGAUGGUGGAGAGAGCUGCUACCCCCUGGAAAAAGAAUUCAGAAUUCGAGACUUCACAAGUUACAGAGAAGAAGAGGACAGUCUAUCAGAUGGCUUUGAAUAAGCUAGAUGAGAUCCUGGCAGCAGCUCAGCAGACAAUCAGCACCAAUGAGGGGCAAGGGACGCGGGGUCAGGGGGCAAGGAGAGACAGGAGCCGGGGCUCCUUUUACGCCAAUGAGCCAAAUUACGACCAGUCAGAAAUGGGGAUGACCGGGCUGGGCUAUGACCGCGCCCACUUCACAUCAGGCCACGCCCCUCCACACGGUAUGCUGCGACAGAAAUCCAUCGGGGUGACUGAAGAGGAGAAGUCCCAUCUCAAUCCUCCGGCCAUGAAGUUUGCCCGAAGUCUCUCGGUUCCCGGCCCAGAUGACAUCCCCCCGCCCCCCACCACCGCCCCGCCAGACCCCCCCUUCUCCUCCGCCCCACCGCUGGGCUGGAGAGGGGGCAAGUCUUCCCAGCAGCCCUCUGUGGCUGUGUCCCAGUCCACCUCCACAGCAGCCCACUACCAGCUCUACUCUCAGUCUGUGCACUUCACCCACGGGGGCCGCGAAAUGGCAGGGGGGCCCAGUACCGGCGCUGGAGGAGGAGGGGUGGACCACACGCACCAGUACUCUAAUGCCCCCGCCCACGCCGCUCAGAGCAGGACUGCCUCUAGGAAAGGGGGCUACCCAGGGGAGCCUGUUGGAUCAGGAGGGGGAGGAGGAGUGGGGGGGGGCAAGGCUGCAGGUCUAAGGAGGGGCUACAGUAACGCCGCCCCACCUUCAGGCAGUGCCACAGUGAUGCCCCAGCAGCAGCAGACCACCCAGAGCCAGCCGCAGAGGGCAGACCGCAGUGCGGCUGGGGGGGCUGGAGAGGGAGUACCUAAAGGAGGGGGGGCGCGGAGAGGGAAGGGCCCUCUGGUAAAGCAGUCCAAGGUGGACGACUUGCGGGCUGGCCAGGGCACGCUGGGGGGCAAGGCCCCAGUGGAGAAGAGCUCCAUCCCCAUCCCCACCAUCAUAGUCAAGGCCCCCUCCAUCAGCAGUGGCAGUGGCCGCAGCAGUCAGGGCAGCAGUGUGGAGGCUGAGCCCACCCCCCCAGGGGAGACCGACAGAACCCAACCCCCCCACGGACCCCCUUCCACCCCAGCCCCGCCACCCCCUGCUCCUCCCUCCAUCCCGGCCCCUCCACCACCUUCCCUCCGAGGCCAGGAUAGUGACUUCACCAGCCAGUUUGGGGCGGCCAUCGUGGGCGCAGCCCGCCGGGACAGGGAACGCUUCCAUGAGGCCCGCAGGAAGAGCGCCUCCAUCUUCAUGUCUGCUGAGGAGGAGGUGGGGCCAGGGGGAGGAGGAGGAGGAGGGGGGGCAGGUAGGACACAGACCUCUCAGCAGCAGCAGUUCAGCCCCCAAUCCGGUGCCACCCCCCCACGCCUCCGGCCCUCCAAGUCCAUCGACGAGGGCAUGUUCUCUGGGGACACCUUCAUCCACCACACCCGCAGCAUGCCCCCUGCCUUCGGCCUGCCAGAGUACUCUUCCCCGGCUCCAGACUACCAGCCCAAGUCUGUUCCGGCUGACUUCUACGGGGCGUCAAGCCGGCAGCAGGUCCCCUCUGGCACCACCUUCAUCCACCCCCUGACAGGAAAGGUCCUGGACCCCUCGUCCCCCCUGGGUCUGGCCCUGGCUGCCAGGGAGCGGGCCCUGAAGGACGACGGCAGGAUGAGGAGGGAGAGAGGGACCGAGCACCAGUUUGUACGACAGAUGUCCAGUGUGGUGACAUUCCCCUCCCAGGCCACCUCACCCACACCGGCUUCCUCAGCCACCCAUUCCUCCAGCUCCUCCUACCUGGUCACCUCCUCAUCCCUAGCCGCCACCACCUCCUCCACCAGCCGACCCCCUUCCCCUAGGAUCCUCAGGGGUGCAGGCUGGGGCGAGGAGGGGGGAGGAGGGGAGCGGGAGAGGGAGGGUGGCGGGGCCAGAGAGGGGCUGAGGGUGCGCUUCUCUGAGGACAAAACAGUCCACACACAUCACUACCAGUCCCAGCACUACCAACCCUCCUACAGGGAAGAAAGACAGAGGGAGAGGUCGAGAGAGAGGGAGAGGUCGAGAGAAAGGGAGCGGGACAGAGAGGGGUACAUGAGGCAGCAGACAGCCCCUAGCCAGCAGCCCCCUCAGCUGUCGUCCCAGCAGCCUCGCCAGGCCUCGUUUCUGAGGAUGGAGAGUGAGGCAGGCUACAUCCUGUCUCUCACCCCUCCAUCUCCCCCCGCUACAGCCGCCCCGUCUCACCCUCAGGGGGGAGGGGGUUCCGGGGGCAGUGGCCUCAUGGUUCUGCCGCCCCCUGCCCCCUCUGUGGAUGUGGAUGAUGAGUUUGUGUUUGCUGACCCACUGCCCCCUCCGCUGGAGUUUGCCAACAGCUUUGACCGGGGUGGAAUGUCAGGUUACACACACCGUGCCAUUAUCAACAACCUGGCCUCACGCCAGCAGCAGCCCCCACCCCCUCCCCCUCCUCCCCCACCACCCCCUCCAAAAGACAUGUUUAUCAGUGGGUUCCCGGCCCACACCCCCCUACCCUCCCCACAGGCGGGGGACUCUACCACCUCCAGCCUUACCUCCUAUGACAGUGAGGUGGCCAACCUGACCCAGUCAGGAAACUCCCCCACUCAGACAUCACCCAACCCCCUUCCUCCACCCUCACCCUCCAGCCUCCAGCUCACAGGACCCCCGCCUCCUCCCUCUGUCUCCCCCCCACCCCCACCCAGCUCCUUUCACAGACCCUCCCUUGCCAUGACCCACUCUCACCACCUCUACAACAGCACGCACACCGGGCGCUCCUCUCCUUCCCAUGGGCGCUCCUCCCCCACUCCUCCUCCCAAAGGUCGCUUCUCCCCCACCCAGGGUCGCUUCUCCCCCACCCAGGGUCGCUCCUCCCCCACCCAGGGUCGCUCCUCCCCCACCCAGGGUCGCCCCUCCACCAUCCAUAGGAGCUCAUCCCCCACCCCUCCUCCCCACUCCAUUGCAGGUUCCCCAUCCUACCGUGGUCCCCCUCCCAUCUCCUCCACCGCAGCCUCCUCUGGCCCCUUCCGGGGCUCUGCAGCCCUGACUUCCACUGCUCCCUGUACCACCACCACCACCACCACCGCUGCCACCACCACGAGGACCUCAGUCCAGCCCCACCAGGACAGGACACACCCAGCCCCCUCUGGUUCUACAGUGGCCGGCCGCAGGAUAGGGGAGCACCACCCUCACCCCACAGCCAAGGCAGGGGAGUCCCAGGAGACGGUGGUGGACUCUGGGAUAGAGGAGCUGGACAGCCGCAGCAGCAGUGACCACCACCUGGACAACAUCCUGGCCAUGAGCGGAGGAGCCAGAGAGAGGCUGGAAGAGAGGCUGGAGAGAGGGAGGGAGGGAGGAGGAGGAGGGGAGGGAGACAGGGCGGGAGGAGCAGACCUCCUGGAGUCGUACAUGAGCUACCUGGACGGACAGACGUUUGACAUGCACAACGCCACAGCCGCCGUCUCCACCUACCCCAAAUCAGGCAGGUUCAGGGAGGGGGGGCGUGCGGCCGAACUACGCAGAGAGACCGGUACCGCCCCGCCCUCCUUCCAGUCACACAGACGGAGGGAGGAAGAGGAAGAGGAGGAGGAGGGCGAGGAAGGAGAGGAGGAGGACGAUGGAGGACGGGAGGGUUAUGGGAUGACACAGAAUUUGGGGCGUCCCACGUCACCAUACUUUGACCGGCCCCGGACCCCUGAGAUGAAGCCUCUGUGGGGGUCAGAGGGUCAGUUAGUAGGGGACCAGGGGACCUACCUGGAGGGCCGGAGGCUGUACCCCCCCAUAUCCAGCAUGAAGGCCAGCAUCAUCAAUGAGCUCAGCAACAAACUGCAGCAGAGAGGGAGCCAGAGAUCACUAAGUAGACACAGAAACAGGUUUUCAGAAGACUCUGCCUCGGCCCUGAGCCCCCCCUCAGUUCGUUCCCUGUCCCCCUCCCCUAUCCACCACUCCCAGCCCGCCCUGUCCCUGUCCCCCACCCCUUCCUCCCAGUACCCCAACUGGAACCGUCCCCCGUCCCCCCAGCCCCCUGUGGCUGCCGUACAGCCCCCUCCGCGCUCCCACUCCCCCCUGUCCUCCCCCACCUACUCCCCUUAUCCCACCUCCCCUAAACACCGGCCUGUGUAUCGCACCAAAGCCCUGGAGUUCCAGUUCAUUCCAAGUAGAGAGUCCAGGAAGGCAGAGUCCCACCACCUGCAGCGUAGGAGAGCCCCCAGUCCCCUCAUCUCCCCCUCAGAGAGGCCCAAACUGGGUCCCCCCCGCCCCUCCUCCCUCCCCCUCCUCCCCACCACACCCCUCUACAGCAGCCUCUACGAGCUCCGCGGCUCUAUGACCCCGCCCUCGCCCGCUAACCACAUGGGGGACCCCUACUUCUCCCCUUCCCCUCCUCUCUUCGCCCCCUCUGGCGCCCCUCCUCCCCCAAACGCCUCCCUGUUGGUGUCUCGCUCUCUCUCCCCCACACACUUUUUAUCUGGUAGCUCAUCCCCUCCCCUGCACCCUCUCCCCGCUCCCCCCUGCCUGAGCUACCCCCACCUCCCUCCCCCAUCCCCCUCCAAGCCCUUUGCCUCCAAGCCACUGCCUUAUUGGACCAAAUACGACGUGGCUGAUUGGCUGGGAUACCUGAACCUGGGCGAGCACAGGGAGCAUUUCCUGGACAACGAGAUCGACGGCACUCACCUGCCCUCCCUCACCAAGGAGGACUAUCUGGACCUGGGGGUGACGCGUGUUGGACACCGCAUGAACAUUGACCGUGCUCUGAAGAGAGUGACUGACAGGCUCUCCAGCUCUCCUUUUCCCAUUUCUGCUCUGUCACCACGAGGAAGAAGGGAUGAUGGGAGUCGGAGCUGAGAAGACAAACAGAAAGAGAAAGGAGGGGGGAUGGAGUCAGUGAGGGAACAGGAGAGAGAGAGGCCACAACUGCUGCUAUCCAUGAGGGAUUCACACAACAAAAGCAGAGGACCUGAUUUCACCCAGAGGGAGGACCGAUCAGGAAAAGAGAGGGGAAAUGAGGGAUGGAACAAGGGCUGACCAAUGCCUGGUACUCAGGGCCUGGUAGCUGACUCACACAGAUACACUCGCAUGCACACAAAUACAGUAACACACACAAGCACUGACUCUAAUGUCAACACACACAAACACUACAAGGAUGGAAUGACUGAAUGUAGAUUGAGGCAACAAAUAACAAUAGGAGUAAAAUAGUGACAAAACUUAGCCCAAAAUAUUGAGAGAAACAAUCAAAUGUUGUUUAGCUUUUUCAUCUGAGCAGUUCAUAGUGUUGUUGGGGAAAGAGAGAAUGAGGAUUGUCCUCAUUAUUAACACUAGUUAGAGCUUUCUCCACCUGUCUUCUCUGGGUAGCUGUAGUUCCUCCUCUCUACCCUAGGGUUAGGUAGCUCCUCCUCUCUACCCUAGGGUUAGGUAGCUCCUCCUCUCUACCCUAGGAUUAGGUAGCUCCUCCUCUACCCUAGGAUUAGGUAGCUCCUCCUCUCUACCCUAGGGCUAGGGUUAGGUAGCUCCUCGUCUCUACCCUAGGGUUAGGGUUAGGUGCCUCCUCCUCUCUACCCUAGGGUUAGGUAGCUCCUCCUCUCUACCCUAGGGUUAGGUAGCUCCUCCUCUCUACCCAAGGGUUAGGGUUAGGUAGCUGUAGUUCUUCCUCUCUACCCAAGGGUUAGGUAGCUCCUCCUCUCUACCCAAGGGUUAGGGUUAGGUAGUUCCUCCUCUCUACCCAAGGGUUAGGGUUAGGUAGCUGUAGUUCCUCCUCUCUACCCUAGGGUUAGGUAGCUCCUCCUCUCUACCCAAGGGUUAGGGUUAGGUAGCUCCUCCUCUCUACCCAAGGGUUAGGGUUAGGUAGCUCCUCCUCUCUACCCAAGGGUUAGGGUUAGGUAGCUGUAGUUCCUCCUCUCUACCCAAGGGUUAAGUAGCUGUAGUUCCUCCUCUCUACCCAAGGGUUAGGGUUAGGUAGCUGUAGUUCCUCCUCUCUACCCAAGGGUUAGGUAGCUCCUCCUCUCUACCCAAGGGUUAGGGUUAGGUAGCUGUAGUUCCUCCUCUCUACCCAAGGGUUAAGUAGCUGUAGUUCCUCCUCUCUACCCAAGGGUUAGGGUUAGGUAGAUGUAGUUCCUCCUCUCUACCCUAGGGUUAGGUAGCUGUAGCUCCUCCUCUCUACCCUGAGGUUAGGUAGCUGUAGCUCCUCCUCUCUACCCUAGGGUUAGUUAGCUGUCUAGCUCCUCCUCUCUACCCUAGGGUUAGUUAGCUGUCUAGCUCCUCCUCUCUACCCUAGGGUUAGUUAGCUGUCUAGCUCCUCCUCUCUACCCUAGGGUAAGGAUUAGGUACAGUAGCUGUCUAGCUUGACUGUUGUUGGCUCCAUAGCUGGCUGUUUGCUCAGAUGUGUUCAGUUUCAGUAGAGACUCCCCUUACAGUUAGUGGAGUGCAGUCAAUGAAACCCUGUGUGAGUGAAUAGAAAUGUUAAGAGCUCUUUGUCUGAGUGAAUGUCAUUGCUGGAGCGAGUUAUUGGGAUGAAUAUUCAUGUCCAUAUUCUGUAGUUCAGAAUAUGGGCAUGAAUGAGACAAGGUGGCAGCCUACAUGCAUGUCUUGGGUAAUGUCGUAGGUGGAGCACCUCUAGUAGGGGUCAGUGUGUCAUCAGCGGAGCCCCUACCUGUUGUACUGAAUGAUAUGACUUGUCCCCUGUUGGAAAGAGCUUGAUGGGUAAAUCCUCACUUGACUGUAGUGGCUGUGACUGGAGGAAACCUGUCAGUAUGACUGUGUGUGAUUGGUUGUCUGUUUUUACCUCACUAAUGGGACGGCUCCAUGCUCACUGAAGGCCCUUCGAUAAGGACCUGUAAACACAUUCUAUUUCUCUAUAGCUUCUUUAUCAUCUUAAGUCUUAUAACGGCAUAUUAUAUACAGACUGGUCACUGUAUUACAAAUCUGUAGCAAAAAUAAGUGCCCAGACCAACAGCAUAGAAAUAAACACACAGACAUGUACACCCUCUCACUCAAUACACAGAUCACUAUACUGGCACAUACAGAAAUACACACUUACAAAUGCUCAUGUAUGUAAUGUACACACAUAUUCACAUUCUCUCUGCCACACACACACACACACACACACACACACACACACACACACACACACACACACACACACACACACACACACACACACACACACACACACACACACCACACACACACACACACACACACUCUCUCUCUCUCUCUCUCUCUCUCUGUGUUUAUGUUAGAAUUAAUGGGACACCUUAAAUAUAUUUGUUUGGAUCCAAGAUGUAACUGAUACUAAAAGGGACUGUGAUUUCAGAGAUGGAGGGAAUACGUGACAUAAUCAGUAUCUCAUUGAAGAUUGACUCCAUUUAUACGAAAGACUUUCGAAGCAUCGAAGCAACUGCUUUUCAACCGUUCUAAAGUUCUCUGUGCAAGGGAUUGAGACUGAAAAGGAGGGGGGAGGGAAAGAGAAACAAACUGCCAAAUCUUCCUCUUUCCCACCCAAUCCCCCCACUCCUUCCAAAAACUCUUUCUACAGAAGCAUGAGAACAUAAACUGAGGCCCAAAUGAGUGGGAGGAGAGAUAUGUUCUGUUUUAAUACUACAAUUGUUCUUACAACAAUUUUUUAACUUAAGAUGGGUCUGGAAUACUGCUAUUGAUAUGAAGAGAAUUAUUGUUACUAUUAUCAUUACUAUCAUCGUCCUUACUGUUAUAAGGUGCAGUUCUCCUUUCUGCCUUUCAUGGCUGAGGUGGCGCUCUUUUGCAUUUUAGGCAAUGUAUUUUCAUAAUUUUGCCAGUAGUGUUAGUCGAUAUAAUCCUAUAAAAUUGUUAUCAUGAGAUUCAUGACUGUAGGUCAAACUAUGACACCAUGGUGUCUAACAAUUUAAAAUGUAUAUAAAUAUAAAACUAUAUUGUUACCUCCAAAAAUACAGAAAAAAUAUCUAUUUAGUUUGAUGUACAAAAUGCUUUACAUAUCAAGGCUUUUGUCUAGUCAUAAAACCACAUUUACUUUGCCCUCUUGUUUUGGUAUAAUAUUUUGAAAUGGUUUGACUGAUGUAUGCUUCAGAUUGACAUUGAGGCCUAGAUUCAAUCCGGAGGGUGGAAGACCCCCGUUAUAGCACGAUUGGCAUUUAAAGACAAUGUUCCUGCACUCCCAGAGACUGCAUUCACAGUAAACACUGCAUUUGUCGGCUCAAUUGGAAAUGACCUCUCAAUGUCAAUUGCGCUAUAACGAGAAUAUUCUGCGUUCUGGGUUGAAUCUAGCCCUAAAUAUAUUUUUAUGCAAGAAUUACUCUGCCAUCCAAGCUUCCUCUCACUUUGAGGCAGUGUCUGUGUAUAAAGCUGUGACUAUACGUAUCACUUUAAACCUCACUGUGUGGAAGCCAAAGUUAGAUUCACUACAUUGUCAUUAUUCACAUUAUUUUAUGCAGAUCAAGAUGUAGCUAUUGUGCCCUGGAAAUGGCCACUUGACAAACGGUAUUGUGAAAUAGAUGCAUAUAAUUAUUCACAUCAAAUUUGUUUCUAUUUUGUACAUUUCAAGUCAUUAUGGAUCAUUAAAGUAGUAUUUUAUUUGA